UCAUAGAGUGCGACCAGCUGCUUCCGGUUGUUCUGGCACAUCCACCGAACAUGAGCUGGGUUGUGACCUCACACACACCUGGAGGGUUCAAGUCUGGACCAAACACAAAGGAUCAGAUCGGUGCCUUUGAUUUUGCGGUGCUGUUCUGUGUCCUUGUCAUUUUUUCGUAGAAGGCGCUUUUCAAAUGAACUCUACGUAUCACUUGGAGUAAAAAACCAAGAAAGGACAACAGUUUUCCAUAAGCAGAGGCACUUCUUCCUAACUAUGUAUUUUGAUUCUUGCUGAUUUACAUCAGUCCAUUAUGGAGCUUCAGCUUCUGUACUAACUUCUACAUACCGGUCUGCCGUGGUAAAGCUCUCGAUUUACCGGUCGAUCUACGUUUCUACCUUCACCUAUGGUCAUGAGGUUUGGGUAGUGACCGAAAGAACGAGAUCGCAGGUACAAGCGGCCGAAAUUAGUUUUCUCCGCAGAGUGGCUGGGCUCUCCCAUAGAGAUAGGAUGAGGAGCUCGGUCAUCCGGGAGGGGCUCAGGGUAGAGCCACUCCUUCUCCACAUCGAAAUGAGCCAUUUGGGGUGGCUAAAGCUUGGUUUAUGCUUGACGCAUUCACUUUCCGCGCGGUGAUGCGACUCGCGGAUGGAACGCGCUUCACAACUCGCAGUGUUUAUGGUUCGUGCGGCUCGUUUCUGCGGUGAGCCAAUAUUCUCCCAAACUGAAUGGGGCAGCAUGGAGCUCUAUGACAAACAUCCAACACUACACCAUAGUAGAAGUAGAAAUUACUGUUUACAACACGGCAUUCCAUCAUUUUUAACAGCGUUCUCGUCUUUUCCGACAGUGCGAGCUAUUUCUCUCCAAGAACUAUUAACAACAUGUUGAUCACGGUGAUCUCUGAGAGCUGAAGCAUACAAAUGUCUAUAUUUACGAACCUCUGCCAUACUAGUUCUUGCCUGUCCGCCAUGUUUUUCCGCGUCCGUCCGUCCUUCCGUCCGCGUGGUUAGAAAUUUUCCGAGGUACGCGUUGCGGAAAUUCUGGGCCGUGCGGAGGCGCGGUGGAGUGGCGUGGUUGUUAAAAUGACACAACGUUUCCGCGCGGAGCCGUGCGGACCUCGCGGACGCGUCAAGCAUCAACCAACCUUUAGGCAGCUAGUUAGGAUGCCUCCUGGACACCUCCCUGGUGAGGCUUUCCGGGCACAUCCAACCAGGAGGAAGACCUAAAGGAAGACCCAGGACACGCUGGAGGGACUAUGUCUCUCAGCUGGCCAAGGAACGCCUUGGGAUUCCUUCGGAGGAGCUGUCCCAAAGUAUGGGAACCAGCUGACGAGGGAGAGGGAAAUGUGGGCCUCUCUGCUUAGGCUGUUGCCACCGUGACCCAACCCUGAAUAAGUGGACGACGAUGAUGGAUGGAUACUUUAUUUUUGUGUUUUUAGCUCCAGUAAAGUCUUGUCACCAAGACCUUGUCAUUUGUGGAUGUUCAGUUUCUUACUAAAAUAUACAAUGAGACUGCAGUGUACACCCUGAUGCCAAUGGUCAUGGCUGACCAGCACAGAUCCGUGUCCGAGUUGCUUCUGAACUCCAAGUUUGAUGUGAACUAUGCCUUUGGACGGGUGAAGAGAAGUCUGCUACACAUAGCUGCCAACUGUGGGUCAGUGGAGUGCCUGGUUUUGCUGCUGAAAAAAGGAGCUAAUCCAAACUACCAGGACAUCUCCGGCUGCACCCCUCUCCACCUCGCUGCCAGGAAUGGACAGAAAAAGUGCAUGGCCAAGUUGUUGGAAUAUAAUGCUGAUGUCAACAUCUGCAACAACGAGGGACUUACUACGAUCCACUGGCUGGCCGUGAACGGGCGAACUGAGCUCCUGUAUGAUCUGGUUCAACAUGUGUCCAAUGUGGAUGUGGAAGAUGCUAUGGGGCAAACUGCUCUACAUGUAGCAUGUCAGAAUGGACACAAAACGACGGUGUUGUGUCUUCUGGACAGUGGAGCUGACAUCAACCGACCGAACGUCUCAGGAGCCACACCCCUUUACUUUGCCUGCAGCCACGGCCAACGAGAUACAGCACAGAUCCUUCUCUCCCGAGGUGCCAAAUAUCUUGCAGACAAAAAUGGAAUUACACCUCUGGACCUUUGUGUGCAGGGUGGGUACGGCGAGACCUGUGAGCUUCUCAUCCAGCACCACAGCAGGCUCUUCCAGACUCUCAUCCAGAUGACACAGAACCAGGACAUGAAGGAGAACAUGCUCAGGCAGGUUCUGGAGCAUGUCUCCCAGCAGAGUCACAGUCAGUACCACAGGAUCCUGACCAGCCUGGCAGAAGUAGCCACCACUAAUGGACACAAACUUCUCAGCCUGUCUAGUAGUUUUGACGUCCAGAUGAAAAGUCUACUGAGAAUUGUUCGUAUUUUCUGCCACGUUUUCCGUUUGGGCCCUUCAUCCCCCAAUAACGGCAAUGAUAUGGGUUACAACGGCAACAAGACACGUCGCAGUCAGGUCUUUAAGCCCUUGGAGCUGCUAUGGCACUCUCUAGAUGAGUGGCUGGUGCUCAUCUCCACAGAGCUGGAAAGGAGCAGGAAAAGCUCCUCGUCCUCCCCCUCCUCCUCCAGCAGCGAGAUAGCCACUCUGCUUCUCAAGCAGCGGAAGUCUGAGCACGCUGGUACCACGCAGGAACUCUCCUCCUUGCUGGAUCACCAGAUCGUCAUGGAAGCGGAGGCCCAUGCUGACGGGGAGGACGUGAUCUCCAUGACAGCCAGUCGGCUCAGUGCUGUCAUCCAGGCCUUCUACUUGUGCUGCUCAUGUCAGAUGCCACAAGGAAUGACUUCGCCUUGUUUUAUAGAGUUUGUCUGCAAGCAUGAUGAGGUUUUAAAGUGUUUUGUGACCAGAAAUCCAAAGAUCAUCUUUGACCAUUUUCACUUUUUGCUCGAGUGUCCAGAGUUGAUGUCACGUUUUAUGCACAUAAUUAAGGGCCAGCCAUUCAAGGAUCGCUCUGAGUGGUUCUACGAGCAUCUCCUGGCCGGCCAACCAGACUCUGACAUGGUUCAUCGUCCAGUUAAUGAGAGCGACAUCCUGCUCAUCCACAGAGACUCUAUAUUUAGGAGCAGCUGUGAGAUGGUUUCUAAAUCUACUAAUGAAAAGCUCAAACAAGGUAUCGCUGUUCGUUUCCAUGGCGAGGAGGGAAUGGGCCAUGGUGUGGUUCGGGAGUGGUUUGACAUCCUGUCCAAUGAAAUAAUCAACCCAGACUAUGGCCUGUUUACUCAGUCAGCUGAUGGCACAACUUUUCAGCCAAACAGCAACUCGUCCGUGAACCCUGACCACCUGAACUACUUCCAGUUUGCAGGUCAGAUUUUGGGUCUGGCUCUUUACCAUCGACAGCUAGUCAACAUUUACUUCACCCGCUCCUUCUACAAACACAUCCUGGGGGUCCCAGUGAACUACCAGGAUGUGUCAUCAAUUGAUCCAGAGUAUGCAAAAAACCUGCAGUGGAUCUUGGAUAAUGACAUCAGUGAUCUGGGUCUGGAACUCACCUUCUCUGUGGAGACUGAUGUAUUUGGAGCAAUGGAAGAAGUGCCUCUAAAACCUGGAGGUAGCAGCAUACUGGUCACACAGGACAACAAGGCCGAGUAUGUGCAGCUGGUCACAGAGCUGAGGAUGACUCGAGCUAUCCAGCCCCAGAUAAAUGCUUUUCUGCAAGGAUUCCACACCUUCAUCCCCCCUUCACUCAUUCAGCUGUUUGAUGAAUAUGAAUUGGAGCUUCUGCUGUCUGGGAUGCCAGAGAUCGAUGUGGAGGAUUGGUGUAGAAACACGGAGUACACUAGUGGCUAUGAUCGUCAGGAUCCGGUGAUCCAAUGGUUCUGGGAGGUGGUGAGGAGUCUGACUCAGGAGGAACGGGUUCUUCUUCUUCAGUUUGUAACAGGAAGUUCCAGGGUUCCUCAUGGUGGCUUUGCGUAUCUAAUGGGCGGUGGUGGUUUACAGAAGUUCACGGUUGCUGCAGUGCCGUACACGUCCAACCUUCUGCCUACCUCCAGUACCUGUAUCAACAUGCUGAAACUCCCAGAAUACCCAGACCAUGACUGUCUGAGGGACCGACUGCUGGUGGCUCUGCACUGUGGGAGUUAUGGGUACACCAUGGCCUAACCCCCGCCCCUUCUCCUGUGGGCUAUGUGGUUUUAAUCUGCUGGAGGUCCCAGUGAACAAAGAAGGGACAACCCUGAUCAUUUUUUUAUUAUUGUUGUGAUUAUUCCUCGAUAGCUUUUGCUGUAGUUUUAAAAACAUUCUGGAGAAAUAAUACCCAAAGUUUACAUUCUGUACACAUUUGUGAGGUGUUAGUGGUUUAAUGGGAGAUGGGAUCUGUUCAUGCCAAAUUAUAUUUCACUGGUUUUAAUGGUUAAUGAGUGUCAUUAACUUAAUGGAUAAAUAAACAUUUCACAUCAUUUAUUCCACACAUUUUCUUUUUGAGCUACAAAAGCAAUAAUGCUGAAAAUUCAGACAGGUUUUUAAAUAGGAAGCGAUUGAAUAAGAAGGAUUUUUAUGUUAAUCCAUGGUGUGAAAUAAUCAAACCCUUGUUUGGUGGUUCAGUUGGAACUAGAACCUACAUCAUGUGAUUCUCCGUUUGCUAACUGGAACCCUGUGUGGGACCAGUGUUUCAAGACCGCAUAACCAGGUCACUCGGAAGGAAACGAUGUGAAGAUUUGUUUUGUUUUAUUUAUUUUAAGUUUGGCAUUUCGUUCCAAACCCAAGAGAGAUUCCAGAGUGUUGGUGUUUUGUUUGCACUAGUGUGACUAAUGCACCCAAAAGGAAAACCAGCUGGAAAGUAUUUUGUUUGUGAUUAUAUCAUUUAAUUAAUAUCUCAUUGAUGCAUCAGUAUUUUUAAGAUUGUGUCUAAAAUUUUUGCAUAAACAAAUCUUUAUUGUAAAUGGAGCCUUUAUACUUGUACUGUAUUAAAUGAUGUAUUUUGUAUUCAAAUAAA